GGCCUGCACGCAUGCAUAGUCGUUGUGCCAUCUGUAGCUCUAUAAAUUGGUGCAGCUAUUGGUCACCCCGUAUCAAGUGAUCAUUCGCACUAGCAACCUUGCAUUGCAUUAUUAGUACGUAGAGAGCGAUGGCCAGAGAAAUGGAGAAGGCAAGGAAGGCCACUUCUUCCCCUAAGACGUCAACGAUGAAUGCUGGUCCAAAGAGCCCAGUAAGGAAUGGAGGAGGUUCUCCGCCUCAGAAGAAGAACACCUCUGAGCCACGAGGACGGAAAAAUGAGCAGCAAAUCGUUCAGAAUGGAGGUCAAGACCAUGAUGAGGGCAAACGCCGAUCUCCAACUUCACAAACCUCACCCAAGAGAUCACCAAGACUCGGUCAACCCCUGAGCUACUGUAGGCUUCACACUGAGGAGCGAGCAAUAAGGCGAGCCGGUUACAAUUAUCAGGUUGCAAGCAAGAUAAAUACACAGGAAAUUAUUCGGAGAUUUGAAGAGAAGUUAGCACAGUUGAUGGAGGAGCGCGAAAUAAAGCUGAUGAGGAAGGAGAUGGUUCCGAAGGCCCAGCUCAUGCCAUCGUUUGACAAACCAUUCCACCCACAAAGGUCUACGAGGCCGCUGACAGUCCCCAAGGAGCCGAGCUUCCUGAAGCUGAAAUGCUGCAUCGGCGGAGAGUUCCAUCGCCAUUUUUGCUACAACGGAUCAGCAGCCAAGGCCAUCAAGUAGUAGCCUAUGCAUGCGCCUACAAAGUACAAGAUGAAGUAUUUUUUUGCCGUUGCCUGAUGAACCUACAUGCAUAUGUAGAAGUGGUUGCUGAUGGAUGUAAAUUUCCCCGGCCUUAGCUUGCCCCUUCUUUUUCUCCUCUUUAUCUUUUAUAUACUUCCUUUCAUCUUUUUCUUUUCUUUUCCUCUUCUUGUUUUUCUCUUCCACGAUGGGAUCAUCACACAGCUGAAAGCAAGGUAGGAAUUAAACCAUGCAAAAGGGGCCACUUGAUCCGAUCCGAUCCGGACGAUGCAUGCAUGCGCCAUGUACGCCUGUCUGAUGGCAGUAAUAAAGCAAGGUUGCACAUAGAGUUCCAUGAUAUA